CCUCCGCUAAAAGAACUACAUAAAUGCAUGUCCGUGAAAAAUGGCAGCUGCAGCAGACGGAAUUGAUGGCGUCUACUCCGUGCGACUGGUAAUCGCGGAUUUCUACUUGGAAAAGCCGCAGUUCGGCUUGGAUCCCUGCUAUUCAGAGCUGCGCGGCAAAGAGAUCAAGCGAGUUCCUGUGAUUCGGGUUUUUGGCGGCAAUUCAAGUGGCCAGAAGACCUGUAUGCAUGUGCACGGAGUGUUCCCUUACUUCUACAUCCCGUACGACAGGAAGGACUUUGAGUCCCUGGAGCGGGGCAUUUUGCAGAUAGCCAUGCACCUGGACAAGGCUAUCAAUAUAUCCCUGGGCCAGGGCAGUUCAAAUGCUCAGCAUGUGUUCAAAAUCCAGCUGGUCAAGGGCAUACCGUUCUAUGGCUACCAUCGCGUGGAGCAUCAGUUUCUUAAGAUUUACAUGUUCAAUCCCCGCUUCGUACGCCGCGCCGCCAAUCUUCUUCAGAGUGGCGCUAUUCUGAGCAAGAACUUCAGUCCGCACGAGUCGCAUGUUCCCUACAUCCUGCAGUUCAUGAUCGACUACAACUUGUAUGGGAUGAGCUACCUUCAUGUGCCGCUGGAGGUGCUCAAGUUUCGACGCAGCCACGACGAUGAAGUAAUACCCUAUGCGAAUGUUAAGCCGGCUCAGCUUCUGGACACAAUAAGCGUGAGAAAAGUGGCCUGCAGUGCCUUGGAGGUGGAUGUCAGCUCUAACUUCAUACUGAACCGCUUCCAGCUGGUUGCCAAGAGCAAAGGCAAUCACACCAAUCCAGGCAUUGAAGCCAUCUGGAAUGAUGAGAACCUGCGUCGUCAGAAACUGGUCGAAAAACACACCGCUGCUAAUGAUGCAGAGAUGGUUCAAGCGGUUCCAGUUUUAAAAUUGCCGCCUACACAAGAACGCCACCUUAUUGAGAUCGCCGAGAGUGAUGUCUUCUACCGCACAGCCCUGGAAAGCAAGCUGUUGACCUUGGAGCAGUCCACAUUGUCCGACCAAACACUGUCGGAUCAGACGACACUAGCCAAUGCCACUAUGCAGACCACAAUACCCGGCACUAAAGAACAGAAGCGCACUUUUAACUUGCAAAAACUGCUGGCCAAUGCUGUUUAUCCUGAGGAAUGCUCACAGGAUCAGCAGCAACUGCUGGUUAAUGCUUCUUUUAUACAAAACCAUGUGACCUGCAGCAACAGUAGCAAUGAUACUCUACCAGUUCCAAAAGAUGAGUCCGAUUACAUGGACGAAACAAUGGUGGAUGAGGAGCUAAUCCUGAGCCUCACACAGCCGCAUGGAGCAAUGCCCCACGAUGCCACCUUGAGGGAGGAGGACUUGGAACUUUUGGAUGCGUUGCAGCUGCUAGAAGAACAGAAUGAAAGUGAAUCGCAUGUGGAUUUGGACAGUUCAUUGGCUCCCUUGUCGCAGCACCACAAAAGGGACUUCGAACUGACCCCGGAGCUUUUGGACAAAGAAACAAUAGCUGCUGCUGUAGGAUCGCAUGUGAUUUCCGACGAAGAUUGUGAGUCCGAUGAGGAUGCAGAGCAAGGAAACCGACAUGACUUUUCUUCCGCCCUCGAUGAGAUUAAUGAUCUACUACUUAAGCUAACCCAAAGUCAGCCUGAGCCAGUGGAGGCCAAAAAGCAGGACCUCUCAACAAAAAUGCCACAACUCGACGGCUCUGAUGAUCACUUACAGCGAACACCAAAAAAAAACAGCUCCAAGCUAAAGUCAAGUCCUUCAAAGACACCCUCCAGUCCGAAAGGACAGGCAAGCCUGUUAAAGUCGCCGCGUACACCAAAAGCUAGUACGGCCAAGAAGUAUGCCCCACUGCCUUUGACGAUCGGAAGCAGUUCAGCAAAGAAAAAAAAUGAGGAAAUCAAAGGAAAAGCCCCUCACCCCCGAUUUAGAUUGCAGCUUGACCAAGGACCAGAAACAGAAACUCUAAAAUCACCUGGGCCAGAGCUGUCUCUUCGCAAGAAAUUAGCCAUGACGGAAAUUCGACGAAAAAGUACAGAGGAAUCAAACAGUUUCGUCCGCUUGCAGAACGAUUGUACACCACUCCGCAGUACCAGGCGAUCGAAACGCAAUCUGGACAAGACACAUGUUAUUUGCUCCCUGACGCCUAGGGAUAGGAAUCCAAGUUUCUUUGACAUGUUUGAAACUGCGGAAUGCGGGGAAAUAGCGCCGUCGGAAGAGGUAACAAUGCCAGAAGAUAGUAUUCGUCACCAAGCUAUGGAUAGAUUAGGGAUAAACCAAUGUAAAGAACCCAAAUAUUGCAACGAAAGCCCACUUAAACCAGAAGAAAACGCCUUGAAAGUGAUAAAACCAAGGCGAAGUUUACGACAUCAGAAGAACUUAAUUAACCCAAAUGAGUUCUUUAGUGACACAGAAAAAACACAAAAGAAACACAGAUUUGAAAAAAGCUCAAAGGUUACAAAUAAUAUCUGCUUAACGGAAAGUCACAAAAAAAGUCCUUAUAAAAAUGCAAAAUCAAUGGAGUGUUCCCUCUCUAGGUCAGAAACUUCCGAGAACAGUGCUGAAAGGGCACAAAAUGAACUAUUUCCACAUGAGCCAUCUGCUCAUUCCUCUGGGGAUAAAGGAAAUCCCAGCGAGAAACGACAAAUUGCUCCAAGCGAUGAUGAGGCCAUUGAAUCCGACACGGAGAGCGAUACUAUGCCCACCAAACUACGUAAAACACCUAACUUGAGGCGACUGCGAAGAAGCUUUCGUUCGGAGAUUCUAACCAAGCAGUUAACUCCAAGUACAGGCAAAGCACAACCUGAGAUUCAGACCACUCCUCAUUUGAGCCCCAAAAGCAAUGAAAGUCACUCACCGGAGCAAAUGAGAAGUUUCUACGAGCAGUCGCUGAUUGUUAACAGUCCGUCGGUCUUUAGUGACAUGUUGGAUAGUCCCAUGAUGUCUAAGUCCAUUGUGAUUUCUCCCUUGGAGCUGCCUCCAUCCUACGAUGAAGUUGUUCAUGGUUGUCGCAAGAUGGAUAUACCAGAGCACGAGUUCCAGAAGCCUUUCUAUAGCAAUCCCGCUGAUGUGAGCAAGGUAACGGAGGUGGGCUUUCUGGUCCUUCACAUUCCAGGAAACAAGCUUAAUGACUGCGAGCCCUUUCAAAGCGUAAUGGGCAAUGACCGUGGGUUGGCUUCCUGGCGACGUCAACAACUGAUAGCUAUCGGUGGCCCGGCAAUGCUGCAAAGACAUCGAGGGGAACAAAGGAUGCGGGAGUACUUCAGCAGUGGGCAAAGAGUAGAAAUCGAACCCGUACAGCUUCCACCCGCUUGGCAAGAUGCCAAGGUCUGGCUGAAGGCUAAGGAACUGAUUCGUCAGCGGGAGGAAUCAGCCAAGUCUUCAGACGACAUAGACAGUCCUAUUAAAAUCAAACGCCAGAAGAUCACAAUGAUGCUCCAGGCUGAGGUGGGCGAUGCUGCUAGUGGCGACGAAGAUGCAGGUGAGGAUUUCGAUUGCAGCCUGAGCCUCACUCCCCUAUCUCAAGCUAAGGAUAAAUCGAAGACAUCCCCAAUAAGUAGCAAGGCUAAAGGAGCGACGAGGAAUCUCCUUAAACGAGGAACCAAACUGAACUUCAAAGAAUCACAGGAGGAUAAACAAACCAGCUCACAGUCCAGCGAGCAGAGCGUCAGUAGUGCUGCCCAGGCGGUGCUAGAGCGGAGUUCCUUUCUACGCCAGUUGGAGGGUAGCCAGCUGCAACACGACCUCAGCUUUGGACUAAGUCACGCCACAUUGGACAACACUUUCGGGUUUAAGGUUAACUUGGAGAACCUGCAGCAGGCUAAGGCCGACAUUGAUUGCAACCACCUGACCAUAUUGACAUUGGAAGUGUUUGUGUCCACGCGUGGUGAGCUACAACCAGAUCCAAUGCACGACGAUAUUCGCUGUUUGUUCUACGCGAUUGAGCAUAGUUUGGAGGAUGCAAGUCUUCCGAGCAAAGCCUGUGGCUACAUUAUGGUCAAUAAUGACCAAGAUUUGCUAAGCGAAGGCUCAAUCCAUGGUCUGGAUCGGGAUAUUGAAGGGCAAGUGGUGGCCAGUGAAGCUGAAGCGUUUGAGGCACUGCUGGUCCUGUGCGGACGGUGGGAUGCGGAUAUAUACGCCGGUUACGAGAUCGAGAUGUCCUCAUGGGGCUAUGUGAUCGAUCGGGCCAAACAUCUGUGCUUCAAUAUCUCUCCUUUGCUGUCACGAGUGCCCACCCAAAAGGUGCGGGAUUUCGUGGACGAGGAUCGGGAGCAGUUUACCGACCUGGAUGUGGAAAUGAAACUCUGCGGCCGCAUUCUGUUAGACGUGUGGCGUCUGAUGCGCUCGGAGAUUGCCUUGACGUCGUACACCUUCGAGAACGUAAUGUACCAUAUCCUGCAUAAGAGGUGUCCCUGGCAUUCUCCGAAGACGCUCAGCGAAUGGUUUUCCUCGCCCUGCACUCGUUGGAUAGUAAUGGAAUAUUUUUUGGAACGGGUGCGAGGCACUUUGUCUCUGUUGGAUCAGUUGGACUUACUGGGACGCACCAGCGAAAUGGCCAAGCUUAUCGGCAUCCAGUUCUACGAGGUAUUGUCGCGCGGAUCUCAGUUUCGCGUGGAAAGCAUGAUGCUAAGAAUUGCCAAGCCAAAGAACCUGGUGCCUCUCUCGCCUAGCGUCCAGGCUCGAGCACAUAUGCGGGCGCCCGAGUAUCUGGCUCUCAUCAUGGAACCGCAGUCGCGCUUCUACGCUGAUCCGCUGAUCGUGCUCGACUUUCAGAGUUUGUACCCCAGCAUGAUUAUCGCCUAUAACUACUGCUUCUCCACUUGCUUGGGUAGAGUUGAGCACCUGGGCUCGAGCGCGCCCUUUGAGUUUGGAGCCUCGCAGCUACGGGUUUCCAGACAGAUGCUCCAAAAGUUGUUGGAGCACGAUCUAGUCACCGUCUCGCCUUGCGGCGUGGUAUUCGUAAAGCGCGAAGUGCGCGAGGGCAUCCUGCCGCGCAUGCUUACCGAGAUUCUGGACACGCGCCAGAUGGUUAAGCAGUCGAUGAAGCUGCACAAGGAUAGCUCCGCCCUACAACGGAUUCUCCAUUCCAGACAGUUGGGUCUGAAACUGAUGGCCAAUGUCACUUAUGGGUACACGGCAGCUAAUUUUAGUGGCAGAAUGCCUGCGGUGGAAGUGGGUGAUUCGGUGGUGUCCAAAGGACGGGAGACAUUGGAGCGGGCCAUUAAACUAGUGGAGGCCAAUGAUAAGUGGAAUGUGCGUGUCGUCUAUGGCGAUACGGACUCUAUGUUCGUUCUUGUCCCGGGUCGAAAUCGUGCAGAAGCCUUUCGAAUUGGCGAGGAGAUCGCUCAAGCCGUCACCGAUAUGAAUCCCCAGCCGGUGAAGCUAAAGCUGGAGAAAGUCUACCAACCGUGUUUAUUGCAGACCAAGAAGCGCUAUGUGGGUUACAUGUACGAGACGGCCGACCAGGGACAACCUGUCUACGAGGCCAAGGGCAUUGAGACAGUGCGGCGGGAUGGCUGUCCGGCGGUGGCAAAGAUGCUGGAAAAGGUGUUGCGCCUCUUGUUUGAGACACAGGACGUCAGUCAGAUAAAGCAGUACGUGUGCCGGCAGUUCACCAAGCUGCUCUCCGGCAAAGCCAAUCUGCAGGACCUAAUAUUUGCUAAGGAGUUCCGCGGUCUCAACGGCUACAAGCCCACAGCCUGUGUGCCGGCACUAGAACUGACUCGAAAAUGGAUGCAGAAGGAUCCUCGGCAUGUACCACGUCGCGGAGAGCGCGUGCCCUUUAUAAUAGUCAACGGACCGCCGGGCAUGCAGCUCAUUCGCCUGGUCCGCAGUCCUCACGAUAUUCUGGCCAACGAGGGUCACAAGAUCAACGCCAUUUACUACAUCACCAAGGCGAUUAUCCCACCGCUGAAUCGCUGCCUGCUGCUUAUCGGAGCCAAUGUCCACGAUUGGUUUGCUAGUUUGCCACGGAAGUUGCUCAUGACGCCAGCUGUGGGAACGGCCAACGAGUUGGCCGGUGCAAGAGUCGCCAAGUCCACUAUUUCCCAGUAUUUCUCCACCACCAGCUGUGUGAUUGAUUGUGGCCGCCAAACGAAGGCGGGCAUUUGUCAAGAGUGCCUACGGGAUGCCACCAAAUGUGUAGUAAUGCUCUCUGAUAAGACCGCGCGUUUGGAAAGAGGCUACCAGCUCACCAGACAGAUAUGCCAGGCCUGUUGCGGCCGACUGGGUAGCCUUCAGUGCGAUUCUCUCGACUGCCCAGUACUUUAUGUUUUGGAAGGAAAGCGAAGGGAGCUUCAGCAAAUUGAACACUUUCACAAGCUACUGGAGGUUCACUUCUAGUGCCAACAUACACAAAUUCUCUUUCAUAAGGGAUGUAUAUAUAUUUCAACUUUCAGCUUGCUUACAAAAGUUAAAAUUACAUUUAUUGAUUUAGCCAGUGUUUCUAAACAUGUACAUAGCUUAGACACUACUUUUGCAAUUGGGUGAUUCUGUUGCCUGUAUAAUACUAGAGAAAUUGUUAACUAUUGAUAUUGUUUAAUAUUAUUGUGUUGUGAUUGUUUUGUGAGCUAUGAGCAUGCAGCCAAUAAAUGAAUGUUUAUCUUAAACUUAAA